AUGACUACUACUAUUACUGUUGAAAGUAAUGGCUACUAUGAGGUAAAUGGGAUGCAUCGUGAGCCUACCGUCUCUCUCUAUGUUAUUCCCGCGGCCUCCAAGCUGCGUCGCGUGCUCAGAGACACAAAUGACUUAAUCGUAUGCCCGGGAGUCUACGAUGGUCUGUCUGCUCGCAUUGCCAUAGAACUCGGCUUCAAAGGUCUCUACAUGACAGGCGCAGGGACAACAGCUUCCAGACUAGGGAUGGCAGAUCUCGGUUUAGCCCAACUCCACGACAUGCGUACCAACGCUGAGAUGAUUGCCAACCUUGAUCCAUUCGGGCCCCCGCUGAUUGCCGAUAUGGAUCAUGGCUACGGAGGGCCUCUCAUGGUUUCCAAAUCCGUCCAACAGUAUAUUCAGGCAGGUGUAGCUGGCUUCCACAUCGAGGACCAGGUCCAGAAUAAGCGCUGUGGCCACCUUGCUGGCAAGAAGGUGGUCAGUCUCGACGAGUACAUGACGCGCAUCCGAGCCGCUAAGCUGACGAAGGACCGGCUACACUCGGACAUUGUUCUCAUUGCACGAACCGAUGCUCUCCAGCAGCAUGGCUACGAGGACUGCAUUCGUCGUUUGAAGACAGCCAGGGAUAUUGGGGCCGACGUUGGUCUUCUGGAGGGAUUCACCUCGAAGGAGCAAGCCCGCCAGGCAGUUCAGGAUAUGGCCCCCUGGCCCCUUCUCCUGAACAUGGUGGAGAACGGCGCAAGUCCAAUCAUAACCACCAAGGAGGCUGAGGAAAUGGGAUUCCGGAUCAUGAUUUUCUCAUUUGCGUCACUGGCCCCGGCUUAUCUGGGUAUUCGCUCCGCUCUAGAGCACCUAAAGAACGAAGGUGUCGUUGGAACUCCUGAGGGGCUUGGUCCUCGCAAGUUAUUUGAAGUCUGUGGCCUCACAGAAUCAAUGAAGGUGGAUACAGAGGCCGGAGGCGAUGGCUUUGUCGAUGGUGUUUGA